CGCCCGCAAUACCUCCUCCACUUGCCCUUCCGCCAUAGCAUGAACUCGCAAUCCUUAAAGCCUAGACAGCCAUCUACCAUUGAUAUCGACCCCCUGGCUGCCGCCCAUCUGUAUUACGGCGACUCGCACUCCAAGAGGAACGCUAAAGCACGGACUUACUCUGCUGUUGUAGAAACUCGUAGCGGCCGCAACGACACCAAAUCCGAUGGUGGGUUUCCAGGCCGGAGGAUUAGCCAUGAUGAGGUCUCCCUCCAACCCCGCAAAUUCCUUAUACAGGUCGAACCGACCCUCAAAACGCUCCUCGCCCGGGAGGAUACCGACGAUAACUGCCAGAUAACAAUUGACGACCAUGGCCCGAAGGUCCUCUCUGUUGGAACUCUUGCCUCCCGAGGCCACAACAAGUUUGACGUUCGGGGCACCUAUAUGCUCUCCAACCUCCUCCAGGAGCUCACACUUGCGCAAGACUACGGUCGCAAGACCAUCGUCCUCGAUGAGGCUCGACUAAACGAAAAUCCCGUCAAUCGCCUGUCUCGGUUGAUCACAUACUCUUUCUGGGAUGGCCUGACUCGCCGCAUCGACGGCUCGAACAUUGCCCAGGUUGGCCGCGAUCCCAAGGAUUGGACCGAGGACCCACGCCCACGUGUCUAUGUUCCCAAAGGAGCGCCAGAGCAAUACGAAUACUACAGCCGCAUCGCCCAGGAACACCCUGAAAUACGUUUGGAUGUACAAUGGCUCAAGGAGGAUUUUGACGAUGCUUAUGUUCGAGACUUGAAUGCCGCCCCUGGUCUACUCGCAAUUGCCAUGGAGGAGUACAUAGACCCUGUCACGGGCAAGAAAGACCUGAAGGGUCUUCCGUUUGUUGUUCCAGGUGGUCGGUUCAACGAACUAUAUGGAUGGGACAGCUACAUGGAGUCGCUUGGCCUCCUGAUCAAUGACCGUGUCGACUUGGUCAAAUCCAUGGUCAUUCACUUCUGCUUCUGCAUCAAACAUUAUGGCAAAAUUCUGAACGCUAAUCGAACCUACUACCUCUGUCGAUCUCAGCCGCCGUUUCUGACCGACAUGGCACUGCGCGUGUAUGACCGAAUCAAGCACGAGCCCGGGGCCUUGGACUUUUUGCGUGAGGCGACAUUGGCAGCUAUCAAAGAGUACCACAGCGUCUGGAUGAGCAGUCCUCGUUUGGACCCAGUCACGGGACUCUCCCGGUAUCGCCCAGGUGGUCUCGGUGUACCCCCAGAAACUGAAGCCUCUCACUUCGAGCAUAUCUUGACUCCGUAUGCGAAGAAGCAUGGUAUGACGUUCACACAAUUUGUGGAUGCGUACAAUCACCAGCGAGUCGAUGAGCCCGAACUAGAUGAGUACUUCCUACACGACCGCGCUGUUCGAGAGUCUGGCCACGAUACUUCAUACCGUCUCGAAAAGGUUGCUGCAAAUCUCGCCGUUGUUGAUAUUAAUGCUCUACUAUACAAGUAUGAGACAGAUAUCGGCCGGAUCAUUCGUGCACACUUCGGAGAUAGGCUUCCAGUCCCUGCCGAAUUUUGUGCUAAAGGCAUGACCCCGGGGUAUCUCGAGACUUCGGCAGCUUGGGAACGUCGUUCGAGGAAACGGCGUUUGGCUGUGGAUAAGUAUCUCUGGGACGAAGAGGCGGGUAUGUACUUCGACUAUGACACUGUUAAAAAGGAGCGAACUGGAUACGAGAGUGCUACGACCUUCUGGCCAAUGUGGUCCGGUCUUGCGACUCCGCGUCAAGCAGCUGUCCUCGUUGCUCAUGCGCUUCCAAAGUUUGAGGCUUUUGGAGGCCUUGUGUCUGGUACUGAAGAGUCGCGCGGUCCAGUCGGUCUUGACCGUCCGAAUCGCCAGUGGGAUUAUCCUUUUGGAUGGGCGCCCCAGCAGAUUCUUGCUUGGGUCGGCCUUCAGCGCUAUGGAUAUGAUGGCGAUGCCCAACGAUUGGCGUAUCGAUGGCUUUACAUGGUUACGAAGGCUUUUGUCGACUUCAACGGCGUUGUGGUGGAGAAGUAUGAUGUCACACGCCCCAUUGAUCCUCAUAAAGUUGAAGCCGAGUAUGGGAAUCAGGGAAGUGACUUCAGGGGCGUUCCCCGUGAGGGAUUUGGCUGGGUCAAUGCUAGCUACAUCUACGGCCUCACGCUCCUCAGCGCUCAUAUGAGACGUGCGCUGGGCACGCUCACGACUUACGACACUUUUGUCAAGGCGACCGAGGCCCUGGGAUUCUAUUAGAAUCUUGCUUUGUCUUCAAUGACAUGACGAUUUAGCCACGAUUGCAUGCACCAAGAACAUUAAACAUGUGCUAGACCGUUGCUUUCACUGCAACCAUUGCUAGGCCCGGACGAUGUUCAGAUCAGAGCAACUAGCGCUACUGGACUGGAUAUGGGGGGCUGAUGAAUUGGAAAUAGCGAUGGCCGACACAACCUAGAAGGUAAUGAUAUUCUUUAGAACCGCGUCCUUGUUUACAGCCCGCUACUUGCAUUCUCGCAAUAUGCAUUCUCGCAAUAAUUGCGACGUGGAAUCCAUU